AAUGCUGGCCACAUACGUAACGAUAAAUCGUUGCGAUAAAACUGUGCAGUCCGACUGUGCGAUAAAUCGAACGUUCCUAGUGCCUCCACACGCCUCCGAUAUCGGAGCCGAUCGUCAGUUCUCCGCAAAGCUCAUCAGAAACAACAUGUCAUCCACAAUGGCAGACGAUGACGCGCUAGCGGUGUUAGGGCUUGUUAUGUGUUUAAAGAAAAAAAAGGCGCGCAGUGUGUGGUGUAAAGACUGGCUCAUGAAAAGGAAGCUAUUUUCUCAUACCAACUUAUUAACCGAGUUGAAAUUUGCUCCGAAAGAUUGGCAUAAUUAUUUGAGGAUGAAUGAGGAGGCAUACUUGAACCUGCUGGCUUUAGUUACUCCAAUAAUAAAGAAACAGGACACUGUAAUGAGAGAAGCAAUAAGUCCUCACGAAAGAUUAUCUGCUACACUGCGAUUUUUAGCUACAGGUCGUUUCUACGAAUGUAUGAAGUUUUCGACAAUAAUAUCACCACAAGCUCUUGGUCAAAUAAUUCCUGAAACCUGUGAUGCUUUGUACGAAGUUCUACGGAAAGAAUACUUAAAGUUUCCACAAACCGAACAAGAUUGGAGAAUAAUAGCGAGAGAUUUUGAGCAGAAUUGGAACUUUCCUCACUGUUUAGGUGCUAUUGAUGGUAAGCACGUUGAAAUCGUGCCUCCAAGUAACAGUGGCUCGUUUUAUUAUAACUAUAAACAUAGACACAGUAUGGUAUUGAUGGCAAUCGUUGAUGCAAAAUACAGAUUCCUGUUAGUUGAUUUUGGAACAAACGGAAGGGUUUCCGACGGUGGAGUAUUGUUGAAUACGAAAUUUUAUGAAAAACUUGAAAGAAAUACGUUAAAUAUUCCUACAGCAGAAAGGUUGCAUAAUAGUCCACGAAUACUGCCGUAUGUAUUUGUAGCUGAUGACGCGUUUCCUCUAAGAAAGGACAUGAUGAAACCAUUUCGGCAAAAUGACUUAGACAGUAGAAUGAAGAAGAUAUAUAAUUAUCGGACAUCGCGAGCUCGCCGCAUAGUCGAAAACGCAUUUGGCAUACUAGCGGCGAGGUUCAGAAUUUACAGAACACAAAUGAACCUGUUGCCUGAAAAUAUUGAGUCAGUCGUAAGAGCAACCUGUGCUUUACAUAAUUAUUUGAUGUCAUCAUCCCUUAAUUCAUACGCUCCUUCAGAAUGUUUCGAUAGUGAACAUUUAGAAGAAGGUACGAUAACGCCAGGACUCACAACAAGAGAGUCAACACUUGAACCAUUACAAAGAACCAUACAAGGCCGUGCAUUUCAAACAGCAAAUCAGAUAAGAAGUCAAUUUAUGACGUACUUUGUAAGUUAAGGAAAAGUUCCUUGGCAAGACAAUUUCGUUCAUUGAUGUAAACCAAAAAUACAGAUCUUGUAUUCGAGUAUAAUAAAGCAAUAAAUAAUUUUCGAGAAAUAAAA